AUGGCCUCCCUUUUCUCCGGCCGCGUCCUGAUCCGAAACAACAGCGACCAGGAUGAGCUGGACACAGAGGCUGAGCUCAGCCGUCGACUGGAAAACCGGCUGGUGCUGCUAUUCUUUGGUGCUGGGUCUUGCCCGGAGUGCCAGGCCUUUGCACCCAUCCUCCGGGACUUCUUCGUGCGGCUCACAGAUGAGUUCUACGUGCUGCGGGCAGCCCAGGUGGCCCUGGUGUACGUGUCCCAGGACCCGACGGAGGAGCAGCAAGACCUGUUCCUCAGGGACAUGCCCAAGAAGUGGCUCUUCUUGCCCUUCGAGGAUGACCUGAGGAGGGACCUUGGGCGCCAGUUCUCCGUGGAGCGCCUGCCAGCUGUCGUGGUGCUGAAACCCAGCGGGGAUGUGCUGACGCUCGACGCUGCCGACGAGAUCCGACGCCUGGGCCCUGCCUGCUUCGCCAACUGGCAGGAGGCGGCUGAGGUGCUGGACCGCAACUUUCUGCAGCCCGAGGACCUGGACGAGCCCGCGCCGCGGAGCCUUACCGAGCCCCUGCGCCGCUGCAAGUACCGCGUAGACCCGGCUGCGCGGGGCGCACGAGGCCAGGGAAGAGCGGGCGGCUCCGGACAGGAGGGCGAGGCCGAGGGCGAGGCAGCGGGACUGUUCUGA